UUUGCAGCUUCCCAGCACCAGGGGUACCUGCAUGAUGGUCUGAAGGAAGUCCAAGGAAAGAUUCGCAAAGGGUCAACAGGAAUUGUGAUAUUUGCUGGUGAUGUAUCCCCAAUAGAAGUUAUGUGUCACCUUCCUGCCGUUUGUGAAGAGAAGGACCUGCCAUACAUAUACACACCUUCCAAACAAGACCUAGGAACUGCAAUGGGACGAAAGAGAUGCUCAGUCAUGGUGCUUAUUCGAGAGCACAGUGAUUAUCAGGAUUUGUAUGAUAAAGUACUUGAAGAAAUUAACAAAGUGCCCAAAGUAUUUUAGGCUGACUUUUUGUUUGUGCUCUGCUAGAUUUGUUUUCUUUUAUAUUUUCUCUAUCUUUAUUAUCA